CCUCUCCACUUUCAGCAACCAUGGGGAAGACACGUGGUAUGGGAGCUAGUCGUAAGCUGAAGUCCCACUGUAGAAGGCAGAGAUGGGCUGACAAAUCAUAUAAAAAAGCUCACCUUGGCAAUGAGUGGAAGAAGCCAUUUGCUGGGUCUUCCCACGCCAAGGGCAUUGUUCUUGAAAAGAUUGGUAUUAAGGCCAAGCAACCUAACUCUGCCAUCAGAAAAUGUGCUUGUGUUCAAUUGAUUAAGAAUGGGAAGAAGAUUGCAGCUUUUGUGCCCAGUGAUGGUUGCUUAAACUACAUUGAAGAGAAUGAUGAGGCGUUGAUUGCAGGAUUUGGACGCAAAGGCCAUGCCGUCGGAGAUAUUCCUAGAGCCAGGUUCAAGGUUGUGAAGGUGACUAGUGUGCAUCUUCUUGCCCUCUUCAAGGAGAAGAAGGAAAAGCCCAUGUCUUAA